AGUAAUGUCGAUGUAACCUUAAAACGUUCAAAACAAAUAUUUUAUGGUUGUGGAUAGUUUUAAUUUUGUUGCUUCUCACAAUAAAAAAGGAAAGCGAAAAAUACGUACCGAACCUGUGAACCCGCUUGGGAAACGACAAGCAGAACUCCUCGUAGUCGUCGAUAGAUCAUGUCCGACUCAGACACCACGGAUUCAGAUUCAGGUAUACGCUUCAAGACAACAUCAACCCGUUUCAGGUUGGGAUGCAUAGAGAAGUAUGCGACCACAUCCGAACCAAGCCACUCUGCAGAUUCCAGUAAUGGGCACAGACAAAGCCGCCGUUCCGAACGGGAUAACCAUCGGAGAAGUGAUGACCACAGAACGAAUCGUCGCAGCAAACGCAGUUCCUCCAGAAGUAAGAGUCGCAGCCGCAGUCGCGAACGGCGAAAGCAAAAGGAGAAAGAUCGUCGAAGGCACCGAAGUCGAUCCCGGUCCAAAUCGAAAAGACCUCAAAGUAAACGGGAACCGGAUUCAAAUUCCGCCAGCACAAGCCAAGCUCCAUCUGCAACCAUCGAUAUUACGGAUACAAGUUCAGUUGCUAAACAGUCAAAAGUUUUAGAUAUAUCUGUUUCAUCGCUAUCAUCGCAAGAAGAUCCCAUUGGAAAAGAAGAAACAUCCGAAGAUAUCUUUGGGCCUGCCCUGCCACCAUCACUGCAGCAGAGUGAAGUGAGCAAACCUACCAACAACAAUGGCCCUCAUGAAGACGAGAAGACUGACUCAAUUGGGCCUGCGCUUCCACCACACUUAAUCAACAAAACACAAGAAGAUGAAGAUAACCUCGCCACCGAUAGUAUCAACAUUGUUGGACCCACCCUUCCAGCUGGUUGGAAACCAUCCGAAGUGACCAAUGACGAUGGUUCGGAGUCUGAGCUUUCACCAUUCUCAGAAGAAGAACAAAACGAUGAUGACGACUUCAUAGGACCCGUUCUUGGCGCUUCCAGUUCAAGAUCCCACGUGGAGCUGGAGCAACGUGCGCUGGAAUUAAAAAUACAACGUUUCGACGGCGAGAAAUAUACGAAAGGUGCCACCGUUUCAUCUCGCGAGGAUUGGAUGCUGGAACUGCCAGACAUCCGGAAGGUGGGCGAUAUGGGACUGGGUGCCAGACAGUUCCGAACUCGCGAAAAGCAACCAAUCGGUGACCGAUCGGUAUGGACUGACACACCGUCGGAUAGAACCACUCGCAAAAAGAGUGGCCAUUCGUCAAAAGAUCCACAGUACGACCAUGAAAUCGAACAAGAACGACGACGAGCAGCUGAUCGUGAUAAGCAGCAGGAGGAAUUGGUCAAACGACACAAGAAAAAGCAUAAAAGAGACAAAUCGAUGCUGGAAAUACACCAAACGAAAGUUAAAAAAGAGAAAACAAGCAGUUCUUCGGAACCAACAAGAAGACCAUUUGAUCGCAAUAUUGACCUACAUGCAAAUCGAUUUGACGAUGCACAGAAAAAGGCUAUUUAUAAAAAAGCACAACUUCUGGACACGCGCUUUUCUAGUGGUGCCUCGAAGUAUCUGUAGAAGCGUAUCACUUGAAUCUGGUGUUCAUACUUUUGAUUCCGUUACAACAGUGAUAAGGGAGUGAUAUAUAAUUUUAUCGUUUCCAUUUCCAUUUAGAAAAGUAAGUUUAAAACAUAAUACGCCUGCUGUAAAACAUUUUUAUCAUCAGAUUAGUUUGAUUUUUUUUUAUUUAAGGCUGACCUUUCACUCAAUAAAAAUAUGUGUAAUUCAAACAAUGAAACUUAUUCCAUAAAGUGGAACACACUAAUCAAUUAGUUACUUUUGAUAAACAGGCAUCAGAAAUAUAAUGUUGAAUACUGAUUUUGCGAUACUUGGUUAGUAACAUGUAUUGUUUCAUUCACCCUAACAUCACAUACAAACGGGUCAUAUAAUUGACCCCGUCCUGUAUACCGAAGAGUUUUGCGGUUUCUCGACGUUUUAUGCAUUUUAAGUCAUUUGGGAUCGAAUUUUUUUUUUCGAUUUUUCAAAUUUCCUCUACUCCUCCCUUGGAAGAUUUGCGAGAAUCAAAAAAUCAAAACUUUGAGCGCUUUGAGGCACCCCUAAAUCAUGUCCGAUUGAGCUGAAACUAUGCACAGGUCAUUUAUUAGGCUAAUAAACAACUUGUACAUGGUCGGUUUUUUAAAUUCGAUGAUGAUUUUUUUUCAUACAUCCAUUGCCACCUUAUAAUACAUAUAUAUAGUUCAGUAAAAAAUGUUUAUUUUUCAUAAUCUUGCAUGUAUAACUGCUUUUCCAAGGAAAAAUAAAAAAUUCGACCAGUACGACACCCAUGCCCAAAAUUAAUACGACCGC